CUUAAGGUUGCCGCUUCGCAAGGCCGGUGAGCCAAAACCACACCGGUUAAUUUAGCUCCACGUACGGCGCACGUUUAAAGCAAGGACCCCCCGGUGGAAUUAUUAUGGCGUCCGGAAACACCAAAAAGAAGGGAUUUCUCCACGGGAUGCGAAAGCGAUCUUCAAGCUUUGCACACACGGAUGACAGAGAGUCCCUGACUGACAGGGAACUUCGAACUUUCUUGAGGUCGCUAAGUCUUGAUCCAGCUCAUCUGCAACCAACAAAAUCAUCUCAGUGGGAUGAAAUUCUAGAACUUGAAGGGGAUCAAGAGCAACUCCCAAAAGUGCUCCCCAAACUACGCCUUCGAUCCUACUCAGAUUCGGCUGCGGGCCUCUCUAAACACCGAGCAGCACCCGCCUUGAAAACAAUUCCGGAAAGAUUCUCGAGGUCUUUUACAGCCAACACUACGAAUAAAACCAAUAAUUUUGCCAGUGAUUUUACGUUUUUUGAGGACGAUUCCGAAGAUGAUAUUUGGAGCUCGGUGGAGAGUUUCGACUCCGGAGAUGUAGAGAUUUACAGCAACUCCCCACCGGUUGCGAGGAGAGAAUGCAACGGGGGGAAAGGCGGAUUUGGACCCAUGCCACAGAGGUUGGAUCGUGCCGUCAGUCAACCUGGAACACAGGUAUUCUCCUGGCUGCCUAAUGGAAAUCGGGUCAUGUUAAGCGGGCCGCCUGGCAUGAGGAUUAAGGAUCUAGUAGCAGAUGUGACCAUGGAGUAUGAGAUACCUAGACACCGGCUGCGACGAGCUUCUACCCUCGGAAUCAUCAGAGAUGACGUCAGGCUCUCGUCACUGGCACGGCAGGAGAUUAUCAUCGAAUCCAAUUGCACUGAAGAAUCAGAGGAAGACGCCGACAAGAGAUUGAGCGUCUUAAAUGAGAUCAUCUCAUCGGAGAGGGGUUACUGUAAUUUAUUGCAGACCAUCUUCACAACCUACAAGGAACCAUUAAGAAAAUCGCCGUCCAUGCCCAAAUCGGAUCAUAACCGGAUAUUCUCCAAUGUGAAGCAGAUGGUCACCACUAGUGCAACCUUCUUAACGGAGCUUGAAGAAGUUGCACGGAGCUGGAAUCCCAACACAUCCACGAUUGGUCAACUGAUUACAGAGGAGUUUCUUGAGGAAUAUUCUAAUUACUACAGCCAGUUCAGAGUCAUGAGAUUACUUUUGCUCUUUCUGAGGAAUAACAACAGGGACUUUAUUCAUCUUUGUAACGAGAAGCGAGGGACGUCUUGGCACACUCUUGAAUCUCUGCUCCUUCUUCCGCCAGAGAUGCUGUUGGCACCCGCUGUCACCUUACUGGUGGAUGGAUUUGAUGUUGGCGUGAGGAGGUAA